UCCUCAGAACCAAGAAAAAGAGGAGAGAGAGAGAGAGAGAAAUAGGCAGACAAGAUACAUAUAGAGAGAGAAGCAAAGAAAGAGGGAAAAAUAGAAUUUCUCAAAUUCCCUUUUGUUUUUCCUCUGCAUUUUCCUGUUUCAGUUUCCGCUACUGAGAGCUUCAACGUUUGGCUUUGGAUUGUGGUGCAAAACGGCGACUUUUUGAGCUUAUCUUGAAAAGCUAGGGUUUUGUAAUUUAGCUUGGAUCUGGUGGAUCGAAGAAAGGAACCAGAGAUCUGUCUUUGUUUCAUAUCGGCGUUGUCGUUUUGGUUGAAAUCGGUUGCCGUUUCAGUCUAUGAGUCCUCCGGCUUUGAGUAUGGAUGAGCAAAAGCCUUUGGCUUCUUCGGAUAGCGGUAGUCAAGGUUCCGUCGAAGCUCGAUUCGCAGAUUUUUGCAAGAGCGGAUUAUCAUUAGCGGAGAACACAUACACUGAAGCCAUGAAGCUGUUUAGCGAAAGCAAACAUCUUUUAUCUACCAAUGUGUCUGCUAUUGGAACCGGAACGUCGGAAGAAGCAGAACGGUACUGGUUUGCGUUCGUUCUUUAUUCCGUGAGAAGAUUAAGCGAGAGUAACGCGGAUGAUUCAAGUCAGGGUAAUGAUCAAAAUGAAUUCACCUUAUGCCAGAUAUUGAGACUUGCAAAGCUGAACAUUGUGGAUUUUUUCAAGGAACUUCCUCAGUUUAUUAUCAAGUCUGGUCCAAUUUUAAGUAACCAAUAUGGUGCAGAUUGGGAGAAGAGACUCCAGGCGAAGGAGUUGCAGGCAAAUUUUGUGCACUUGAGCCUUUUAAGCAAGUACUACAAACGUGCAUUCAGGGAAUUCUUCUUGACAAGUGAUUCAAAAGUUGGGGAGCAGUCAACUGAUGCCAAUGCUACAGGCUAUGUGUCAGACUACCAUCGAUUUGGAUGGUUGCUAUUUUUAGCACUCCGUAGCCAUGCAUUCAGCCGCUUUAAGGACCUAGUGACUUGCACUAAUGGUUUGGUUGCUAUCUUGGCUAUCUUGAUUAUUCAUGUCCCUAUACGCUUAAGAAAUUUCACGAUUAAUGAUUCUGCUCGAUUUGUUAAGAAAGGAAGCAAGGGUGUGGACCUGCUUGCAUCACUGUGCAACAGUUACGAGACUUCAGAAGAUGAGUUAAGGAAAACACUGGAGAAGGCUAAUGGUUUGAUAGCAGAUAUUUUGAAGAAAAAGCCAUGUCCUGCAUCUCAAUGUGUUACCGAGAAUUUGGAGAAUAUUGACACAGAUGAUUUGAUUUACUUUGAAGAUCUAAUGGAAGAAGCAUCACUUUCUACCAGUUUAGAUAUUCUAGAAAAGGAUUAUGCUGAUGCUACUCGUAACAAGUGUGAACUGGACGAGAGGGUGUUUAUUAAUGAGGAAGAUAGCUUGCUGGCAUCGGGGAGCUUGUCCGGUGGUGCCAUGAAUAUCAGUGGGGCCAAGAGGAAAAUCGACUCAAUAACUUCCCCGGCUAAGACAAUAACUAGUGCGUUGUCCCACUAUGGAUCUCCGUCUGCAUCUCAGCCAAAUGGCAUUCCUUGUACUAGUAACUCGAAGCCGGCAGCUACUCCUGUUACCACAGCAAUGACAACUGCAAAGUGGUUGCGAACAGUUAUUUCUCCACUUCCUCCAAAACCCUCGUUGGAGCUGGAGCGUUUCCUUUCAUCGUGUGAUAGGGAUGUAACUAGUGAUGUGACCCGUCGAGCUAACAUAAUAUUGGAAGCUAUAUUUCCAAGUAAUGGCCUGGGAGAUAGAGGUGUCACUAUAAGCCUGCAAUGUACAAGCCUGAUGGACAGCAUAUGGACUAAACAUCGAAGAUUGGAAGCACUUAAGUUGUAUUACAGGGUUUUGCAAGCUAUGUGUACUGCGGAGGCCCAGAUCCUGCAGGCAAGCAAUUUGACCUCCUUAUUAACCAACGAGAGGUUCCAUAGAUGCAUGCUUGCGUGUUCAGCUGAACUUGUUCUUGCUACACAUAAAACAGUAACAAUGUUAUUUCCUGCUGUAUUGGAGAGAACUGGGAUAACAGCUUUUGAUCUUAGCAAGGUGAUAGAGAGUUUCAUUAGACAUGAGGAAUCUCUGCCCAGAGAAUUGAGGAGACAUCUGAACUCCCUUGAAGAGCGACUUUUGGAGAGCAUGGUAUGGGAAAAGGGCUCGUCAAUGUACAAUUCUUUGACAAUUGCAAGACCAGCCCUGUCCUCUGAAAUAAACCGUCUUGGGUUGUUGGCAGAACCAAUGCCAUCUUUGGAUGCAAUUGCCUUGCAUAUGAACAUUUCUUGUGGAAGCUUGCCAUGUGUGCCAUCUUUACAGAAGAGUGAAAAUCCAACAGGUCAGAAUGGAGAUAUGCGGUCACCGAAGAGAUUGUGCACAGAGUACAGAAGUUUGUUGGUUGAGCGGAAUCCCUUUACAUCACCAGUGAAGGAUCGUUUUUUGGUCUUGAAUAACCUCAAAUCAAAGCUCCCACCGCCUGCUUUGCAGUCUGCAUUUGCCAGUCCGACAAGGCCAAAUCCUGUAGCUGGAGGGGAGACAUGUGCAGAAACUGCAAUUAAUAUAUUCUUUAGCAAGAUUAUAAAGUUAGCCGCAGUAAGAAUCAAUGGAAUGAUUGAGAGGCUACAGCUAUCUCAGCAGAUAAGGGAGAGUGUUUAUUGUCUUUUUCAACAAAUCCUUAGCCAACGGACGACUCUGUUUUUUAGUCGCCACAUCGACCAGAUCAUCCUCUGCUGUUUGUAUGGAGUUGCAAAGAUUUCUCAACUGAACUUGACUUUUAGAGAAAUCAUCGUCAACUAUCGGAAGCAACCACAUUGUAAACCUCAAGUUUUUCGGAGCGUGUUUGUUGAUUGGUCAUCAGCACGGCACCAUGGGAAAACUGGGCAGGAGCAUCUUGAUAUAAUUGCAUUCUACAACGAAAUAUUUAUUCCUGCUGUAAAGCCCCUACUGGUGGAGGUUGCCCCUGUUGGAACAUCUCAAAAAGCUAAUCGAAAUGCAGAUGUUAACAAUAACACUGAUGGUCAAUGUCCUGGAUCGCCUAAAGUAUCCUCCUUUCCGAGUCUUCCUGACAUGUCUCCAAAAAAAGUAUCUGCAGUGCAUAAUGUAUACGUGUCUCCACUUCGGUCAUCAAAGAUGGAUGCUUUAAUCUCAAAUAGCUCUAAAAGCUACUAUGCUUGUGUUGGAGAGAGCACUCAUGCCUACCAGAGCCCUUCCAAAGACCUGACCGCCAUCAAUAACCGUUUGAAUGGUAACCGGAAACUCAGAGGCACUCUCAAUUUCGAUGAUGUUGAUGUUGGGCUGGUCAGCGACUCUUUGGUAGCGAACAGCCUCUACCUUCAGAAUGGUAGCUGUGCAUCAUCAUCAGGUGCACCUGUGAAAUCCGAGCAGUUAGACUCCUAGUUGCUCUUUGUAUAUACAUCUCACUUAUCCUUUGGUUUAGUUUUGCUUUUUCCGUAGUAUGAAGUCGAUACUAGAUGGAAGGGGUUAUUGUAUGAGCGGUUGGUUAUUGUAGAAUAGCAGCCACUAACCCCCAUCCCCAAUUCCCAAGUGCUAUGUCCGUCAGAUUUUAGACCUUUGGAAAUGAUCGGCUCUGAUUAGCUAAUAAAAUUAUGUUUUGCUCCUUGUGGUCAA